AAAUAUCUUUUCUGAAACUCAUUUUGCCCUGCUCAAAUAACUCAUUUGUGAGACAAUUCAUAUAGUGAGAGCACAAGCAGCAAUGAUCUGUAAUGGGUUAUACUGAUGUAUGCAUUCAAACCAAAGAUUCCCUACUCGUUGCUGCUGAAGUUCACUGCCUAUAGAACAGUCAAAAUCCGGUGGCUGAUACUGUUACCACCACCACCACCACCACCUUCAGCCACCAACACCCACUCAUUCAAUGGCCACAUCAACUACCUUUCCUCCCAAGGUUACGACCACCAAAUCCUCCUCACCUAUGCCUCUAUGCUCCAUUCCCAAGUUCCUUCUGAUCCCUUCACCUUCCCCGCCCUCCUCAAAGCAUGUUCAUCCCUCAACCUCUUUUCCCUUGGCCUCCUCCUCCACCAACGCAUCGUUCUUCUUGGCUUCUCCCUUGAUUCUUACAUAGCUUCUUCUUUGAUCACUUUCUAUGUCAAAUUCGGGUUCCCUGAUGUUGCUCGCAAAGUGUUCGACUUUAUGCCUCAGAGAAACGUUGUCCCUUGGACUACCAUGAUUGGCUGCUAUUCCCAUGGUGGCCGUGUUCUUGAGGCUUUUUCCUUAUUUGGUGAGAUGUGUUGCCAAGAAAUUCAGCCCACUAGUGUUACAUUGCUAAGCUUGCUAUCUGGAAUUUCAGAAAUUGCUCAAGUGCAGUGUUUGCAUGGCUGUGCGGUUUUGCAUGGGUUUAUGGUUGAUAUGACCUUGUCAAAUUCUCUAUUGAAUGUGUAUGGGAAAUGUGGAAGCAUAGAGGAUUCUAGGAAGUUGUUUGAUUACAUGGAGCAAAGAGAUUUAGUUUCUUGGAAUUCGUUGAUAUCAGCCUAUGUCCAGAUUGGGGAUCUGACUGAGGUUCUGCUGCUUUUUAAGACAAUGAGGGUGGAAGGGUUAGCGCCUGAUCGGCAGACUUUUGGGUCAGUGCUAUCUGUGGUCGCAUCAAGGGGGGAGUUGAAAUUAGGAAUGCUAGUUCAUGGCCAGAUUUUGAGAGGUGGUUUUCACUUGGAUGCACAUAUUGAAACAUCACUGAUUGUGGCGUACUUGAAAGGUGGGAACGUUGACACUGCUUUCAGAAUGUUUGAGAGGAGUUUGGAUAGGGAUGUAGUUUUGUGGACAGCCAUGAUAUCAGGCCUUGUGCAGAAUGAUUCUGCUAAUAAGGCAGUGUGUGUGUUCCGCCAAAUGUUGAAUCUCGGAGUGAAGGCAUCUAGUGCUACUAUGGCCAGUGUAAUUACAGCAUGUGGUCAACUUGGGUCUAUUCAUUUGGGGGCAUCUGUUCAUGGUUACAUAAUGAGGCAAGAAUUGUCAUUGGAUAGUGCCGCUCAAAACUCUCUUGUUACCAUGUAUGCAAAGUGUGGUCACUUGGACCAGAGUUCAAUUAUAUUUGAUAGGAUGCGCAAAAGGGAUUUGGUUUCUUGGAACGCAAUAGUUAGUGGAUAUGCACAAAAUGGCUAUGUAUGUAAGGCAUUGUUGCUUUUCAAUGAAAUGAGGAGUGAUCAUCAAAAUCCUGAUUCAAUAACCAUUGUCUCCCUCCUCCAAGGCUGCGCGUCAACUGGACAACUUCACUUGGGAAGAUGGAUACACAGCUAUGUUGUAAGAAACAUCCUUCAGUCGUGCAUCUUAGUGGACACUUCUUUGGUAGACAUGUACUGGAAAUGUGGCGAUUUGGAUGCCGCCCAAAGGUGUUUCAACCGGAUGCCAUAUCAGGACUUGGUGUCAUGGAGUGCGAUAAUUGCAGGGUACGGCUAUCAUGGCAAAGGAGAAACUGCAUUUAGGUUAUACUCAGAGUUCCUGAAAACUGGGAUUAAACCAAACCAUGUGAUUUUCUUGUCGGUUCUAUCUUGUUGUAGUCAUAAUAAACUUGUAGACCAAGGAUUGAGCAUAUACAAAUCGAUGAGUAGAGAUUUUGGAAUUGCACCCAAUCUUGAACACCAUGCUUGUGUGGUUGAUCUCCUCAGUCGAGCAGGAAGGGUCGAGGAGGCGUAUAACCUGUACCGAAAAGUAUUCUUAGAGCCUCAUCUAGAUGUUUUAGGCAUAAUCCUUGAUGCAUGUCGAGCACAUGGUAAUAAGGAACUUGGUGAUGCAAUUGCCAAUGACAUUCUCAUGCUGAGGCCUAUGAAUGCAGGGCAUUAUGUACAACUUGCACAUUGCUAUGCUUGGAUAAACAAGUGGGAAGAAGUGGGUGAGGUAUGGAAUCAUAUGAGAUCUCUUGGAUUGAGGAAAAUUCCUGGCUGGAGUUUCAUUGACAUAUAUGGGGACAUAACUACAUUUUUCACAGAUCACAACUCACACCCCCAAUUUCAAGAAAUAGUGUUUACACUCAAAAUUUUGAGGAAGCAAAUGAUCAAAAUGGAGGAACGUUCAUUGUGUAUAUAAUACUAACAUUGUCUAAAAUGAACAAACGAAAGAGAAAGAAAGGAUGAACAGGAGCAGCGGAGAGCGUUCAUGGUGUUGAUGUCGACAGUUGGAUUCUGUCUCAUUGGUUACAUUGGCGGCAGACCACUCUAUUGGCAUCUCAACGAGUCCCUCUCUGCCGUCUCUUCUUGCCCCCCUUGCCACUGCGAUUGCUCUUUUGAACCUCUUCUUUCUCUCCCUGAUGGAUUGAAUAACUCCAUUUUAGGUCAGUUCUUCUCCCUCUAUUACUACUACUUGUAGAAAAAGCUGCAGCUAUCAGAUAAUAAUGCCAUACAAAGUCACUUAUGCAAUGUGAUACACACCAUGACCAUAGCUAAACACACAUGCAAAUAUAGCUGUUAUUAAUCACACUAAGUA